AACAAUGCCUUUGGCGGAGACUUCAGUGUUAAUGACCUGCAAGGUUUGGUGUCGUUUGACAGUGUGACAUUACAGUCGUCUUUAUUUCACGGUAGCACAGCCAACAGUGAACUGAGUCGUGCUCUCAGUCUCCCCGUUAUUUAAAACACUGAGCGGUUAUUCGUCAGCUCGUCUCCUCACUUGGUUGCCACAACUGAAGCGGUGCUUGGCAUCUGCGUCGUAGGUGGAGAAAGCUGCUGGGACAGGAAGUUUUACUGCACACUCUACAGACUACACCCCCAGGCUGUUAUCCUCUCGUCCUGGGGCUUUUUAAACCUCCGAGGAUUAGCCAGUUAUUACUGACGGACAUGGCCGACACUUUAAGGAGACUGGCGAACACAUCUUCCUUCAGCGUGUUACAGGACAAGCUGGAGAGCUGGUACAAAGACUAUCAUGUGAUUUCCUGUGACCAGAAUCUGAACAGAUGUUGUGAGCUGAUAGAAUUAACUGCCAAGAUCCAGGGUCAACUGUUUGCCAUCCUUAACCUCACAGCUGCUGAAGGUGGACACUAUGCUGGGGUGGAAACUCUCAAAAUGCGCCUGCUGCCUUGGCUGGGCACCUGUUUCUCAAUGGCGAGGCCCUCGGUCACUGAAGACACCAGUUUACAGCUCAUCCAGGAUUCAGUGGAAAAGGACAGGAGGAUCAGGGAGCUCUCAGCCUCCCAUGACAAUGAAAUGCAGAAGAUGGAGACUCAGCUGUGCUCCACUCGCCUGCAGUUGGACUCCGUCAGAGCAGAAUUGGAUGAAGCUCAGAAGGAGCUGGAAGAGACAAAGAGCAAAUCUGCAACCACUCUGCUGGCCACCGAAGAUGAAAUAUUACAAAUGAAAGCAGAUUUACGAUCCGCACAUGAGCAGGUGGAGAUUUAUAAGAGGAAGCUGGAUGCUCUUGAUGAUUAUGAGCGGCAGAUUCUCCUCCUGAGAGAUGAAGUGUCAUAUCUGAGCACAGAGAAGGCCAUGCUGCAGGAGAGGUUGGUGAGAAGUCGCUCUCCGAGCCCGUUGCCCAGGCUCAGCCGCUCGUCCAGCCCCAUUAGGAGUGAGUCACCCACCAGAGCCCAGCUCACUAACUCCUCCCGUCACGCACGCCUGGUAUCACGCUUCAGCGACCUGUAUGCUGUGGAGCGUCUGGAGGCCCAGACCUUGCUUCGACGCUACGUUGAUGACUUAGAGAUGGUCCAGAAAAUCAUCUUCAUCGCUGUCGUGGAAUCCUUUAAGACAGCAAAACUGGCUUAUCGUCAGUUCAAGCUGCGCGUGAGAAAGACUUUGUCCCCAUCCCACUUUGGACCAGAGAGUCUGGAGGAUGCAGCUGUGGACUACAUCGUUAGAAACCUGGACCUCUAUGACGUACAGGCCAGCAUCAAUGAUGUGAUCAAUGCCAUGAAUGUGAACCCUCGGAUCUCUUUCCCGCCAGAGGUGGACUUUGUCCUUAUCAGUGUCUUGAUCAGGGAGACAUGCAGGCUGGCCUUCGCCAUGCAGACCCUGGACCCACCUCUUGACUUGGCCUUUGCCAGUGAUGGAGAACUUUACAACGACAACAAGUAUCGCCGUAGCUAUGACUCAGAGUUCACUGCUCCUCUAGUGAUGUACCAUGUGUGGCCGGCCUUGGUAGAAGGAAAUACUUUAAUAGUGAAAGGCGAGGCUGUGACAAGAAGAGGUGCUCCGUGGAGUAGAAGCCGCAGCAGGAGCAGGAGUUCCAGCCCUGUACGCGCUCGCUCUCUCAGUCCAACUCGCAGUCUCCGAUUUAACAGCAAAAGAAGUCUGUCUCCUGUACGCCUCACAGCCAGCUGCCUGUGAACUCAGGACACAAAUCUACAACUGUACUUCAUGUCAGUGAAAUGAAAUGUGAGGUAUUUUCAAAUCUCUAUGCUUCCACCAAAUAAAGCAAUGAAAUCCUUCGGUAUUUUA